AUGAAAGCUCGGACCAUCCUAUGUACGAUACUGAUGAUGGCCAUGGUGGGCGCCGUACGGACGCAACAAAUGCCGCACCAAGUCGAGACCGCAUCCAGCCAGGCGGGGGUUGUGGCCCCAGACGCGGCAGCAGCGGCGGCAGCCAAUCCCUCAGCUGUCGGCGCCGUCCCCACGGCCGUUAACUUCGCCACAGCCGCCGCUCCCGCUGCCGCCGCGGCGGGUAUCCCGACGGCACCGGCGCCCGCGAGCUGCCUGUCGUACUGCAAGCUUGAUUCAACGGUAGUGCCGUCGUCAGCGACGGCGCCGGUGGUGUCCACCCUUGUCGUUCCGGAUACCUUCCCGGUCGGCUCGGUUGCCGUAGCGGACAUCUCCCUGGAGCAUAGUCGAGUGGGGGCGCUGAAGAUUUCCUUGGUGGCUUUGCCGCUCGUUGCCUCUCCAGCUUCCCCUCCUCUGGUCAGUGCCGUACUCAAGGACGUACGGUCGGGGUCUUCGGGUGCCAACCUGGUGGGAACCGGCUUCACAGAUGACGGCUCCGCCGCCCCCUUCCCCUCGGACGCCUCCUCCGCCCCCUUCACGGGCACUUGGCGAUCAGCCGAGUCCAUGUCGGCGGCCUUCGCUUCGCUGCCCUCCGCCGCCGGGUCCUGGUCGCUGAGGGUGGCGGACCUGGGGCAGGGCAGGGCCAACCGUACCAUCCAGCUGACCAAGUGGACCCUGGUGCUGUGCCCCGCUAACGCCGUGAACGGGAGCAAGACGAGUGAGGCAGGGGGCCCGGCGGCGGCGGCGGCGGUACAGCAGGCAAAUUACCAGCAGCAGCAGAACGGAGCAGCCGCCGAAGCCGCCGCGGCGGCGGGAGCGCUGACAGCGCCGGCCAUUUCAAGCUGUCAGUCGUACACGUCGAUAAACUCAACGGUGGUACCAACAUCCGCGGGGCCGCAGGCGUUCACUUGGACCAUAGCCGAAUCGGCGCACUCAAGUGCCGUACUCAAGGACGUACGGUCGGGGUCUUCGGGUGCCAACCUGGUGGGAACCGGCUUCACAGAUGACGGCUCCGCCGCCCCCUUCCCCUCGGACGCCUCCUCCGCCCCCUUCACGGGCACUUGGCGAUCAGCCGAGUCCAUGUCGGCGGCCUUCGCUUCGCUGCCCUCCGCCGCCGGGUCCUGGUCGCUGAGGGUGGCGGACCUGGGGCCAGGCAGGGCCAACCGUACCAUCCAGCUGACCAAGUGGACCCUGGUGCUGUGCCCCGCUAACGCCGUGAACGGGAGCAAGACGAGUGAGGCAGGGGGCCCGGCGGCGGCGGCGGCGGUACAGCAGGCAAACUACCAGCAGCAGCAGCAGAACGGAGCAGCCGCCCACGCUGCAGCUCCCGGUGGCAGCAGCAGUGAGCUCCGAGCCGCCAUCGUCCCCGAAACCGUCCUCAACGGCAGCAUCGCCGCCACAAACAGCGCCACAAACCCCGCCGCCACAAACCCCGCCGCCACAAACCCCGCCGCCACAAACCCCGCCGCCACAAACGCCGCCGCCACAAACGCCGCCGCCACAAACGCCGCCGCCACAAACGCCGCCGCCGCAGGCGCCGCCGCCACAAACGCCGCCGCCGCAGGCGCCGCCGCCACAAACGCCGCCGCCACAAACGCCGCCGCCACAAACGCCGCCGCCACAAACGCCGCCGCCACAGGCGCCGCCGCCACAAACGCCGCCGCCACAAACGGCGCCGCCACAAACGGCGCCGCCACAAACGGCGCCGCCACAAACGGCGCCGCCACAAACGGCGCCGCCACAAACGGCGCCGCCACAAACGGCGCCGCCAUAAACGGCGCCGCCACAAACGGCGCCGCCACAAACGCCGCCGCCACAAACGCCGCCGCCACAAACGCCGCCGCCACAGGCGGCGCUGCCACAAACGCCGCCGCCACAAGCGGCGCCACCACAAACGCCGCCGCCACAAACGCCGCCGCCACAAACGCCGCCGCCACAAACGCCUCGGACGGCGUUACGACAGUCAUCAUGACGCCAGAAGGUAGCACUGCCGCCGCUGCUCCGUCUACUGGCACCGGCGACGCGGCGAUGAUUAUGGCGGCCGUGCCGAAUAAUGGUGGCGCCACCGGUCCGAUGCGCGGCGGCAGCAAUGGCUUGUUGGAGCAGCUGCUGAAACGCAUCAACAGGGUGGAUAUUCAUAGCUCUGCCGCCAACACCACUGUACCAGCCGACGACGACGCCGACGGUACCAACUCUACCACCGACUCCGCCGCCAGAGCAGCCCUGGAUGAUGAGGAUGUUACGCUCGUCCAACGCUUGCUAAACCGCCUGGCAGAGCUCAACGCCACGUCAACACCACGUACGGCAUCAAGCCGACUCAAUACCACCGGUAGCGGCGGCAGCAAUGGCACGCUGGGCCCCGCGGCAGACGCUGCAGUCAAUGCAACCGCCGCCGCCGCCAACCGCGCCGCCAUGCGGUCAAUGUGGCGGUUGGGCAACACGGCUCUUAACGACUCGGAUGGGCUGGUGUCGAACUUUUUAUCGUCUCUGUCGGAUGUGCUUUAUUCGUUGUCCAACACCACGGUGCCGCCGCCCGCAGUCGAUGGCUCGCAGUCCUCGGCCACCUACCCCCCCUCUGAUCCCCCGGCGGCCUCAGUUCGCUCCAUGGCCCAGUCGGUGCUCCGAACCCUGCUGGACGGUGACCCGCCGCUGCUGGGUACCAUGGCGCAGAGCGGCGCACUGCAGAACGGGUUCAGGUGGGACGACAUUGGUAAGGCCCUCGACAGGAUGACAGGAGCGGCCACGGAGAUGGGCGGCCGGGCCCAGCUGCCCCCUGGCACUGCUCUGCGCGGCUUUUCUGCGGGUCACCUCCCCGGGUUGCAGCAAGGACCAGUAGCCGGCGUUCAGGUGCCGGCGUUCUUGGAGGCGAUGCAGGUCGCCGCCGAGGUCAUGGCCAGCCGUCUCAACGAGGGUGCGGAUCGAGUGGAGACGGCUAUGAAGGCGUUACAAUCGGCCACAAAGAUGGCUUCGAAGCAGUUGGAGGGGCUCUCGUUGCGGAAUGGGUCACCAGCCCCGGCCCUCCUCGGCCCUCUUAGCUCAGCCGCACUAGACGCCAUGAAGAUGACUUCCAAGAACCUGAGGGAUGCCGGUCAGAAUGCCUUCCAGCUGCUGCUCACUGGCACACGCACCAGGCUGGAUGCGCUUGGAGUGGUAUAUCAGCUGCUCACUGGCGCACUGUAUGACACGGGAACGACCAUAAACGAUAUUUGGGUGGCCACGAUAAGUCGCGGGCUCGGCCGGUUACUGAAUGGGCUGAAUGCGAUGUUGGUGAAGGGAGGCCCAGGGGCGAAGCUGAUGCUACAGUCGAAUAGCCGUGGUCUGGAGAUGCUGCAGUCAUCUGUAAAUGAGCUCCGCACCAAAUUGGACUCGGCAGCCUUCCCACCGUCCUCGACUUCAUCGCCGCCGUCGUCAGGCGUGGGGCUCUGGGGGCAGGGGAAGGCAUCCAAGGGCGCCUUUACAGCUGCUGGCGGCGUUGGCGGCAAUGGCGUUGGCAGCGGCAUGGACGACAAGGCUGGGCGGCAGAACCUGCAGCUUCGUCAAGUCAUGGACCAUGUGCAGAACCUGCGUGCCAAGGCUGGUAGCCGUCUGCUGGCAGCCCUGUGCAAGGCGCUGGCUGGCGCGGUGCCGGAUGCAUAUAUGGAGGAGGCGGUAAACAAGAUCUACAGCUUCCAGGGGGUAAUCAAACUUUAUGCCAAGUUUGGCCAGACUCCUGCCAUCUUCAACCGCAUCGAGGAGGCAGCCCGAGCAUUUUGCAAUGCGAACGGGAUGGCGUAUGGCUUCUGGAGCCAGUCUGACCUCCUGGACCAGCUCAACACGGACAGCAACUACGCGGUACACUGCAGAGCGGCGGACAGCGCAGCAGCCAUCAGGGACGAUGCUCUCAUCGCGGGCGUCGACUUCAAUGGCGUCGACGCCCUGGUCAAUGCGCUGUCCACGUUCGCAGCCAAGCACUGCGACGAGUUGGACGCAGCGGCGGAGUUGGAGCGAACGUUCAGCAGGCAGGCGCAGGAGGAGCUGAAGCAGCUGCGCUUGGAGCGUGUGCGGGAGGAAGCGGAACGCGGCCGAACAGCUGGCGUUGUCAUGUCGGCGCUAUAUUUGGGCUUGGGAUGCAUGGAAUGGGGCGACACAGGAGUUAGGAACGAUUUUUCCAAGGGUUUUAGCAAGGGUUCCCUUGGGGUGUUCCUGAUAUGUAACCUAAUGUUUUGGAUUGGGUAUGCGACAUACAGCGGGGGUCUAUGCCCACUCUCACUCAUCGGCAGCCACAGCAAAGCGCCUCCGGGCACCAUGCCCUUAGUGAAGGCGCUGUCACACAGCUUGGCUGGGCCCGGGCAGUCCCCAGCUGGGCCGUACAAGAUUGUUCACAUAGGCCAUGUACAUCCAGGCGCCCUGAUGUAG